UGGCGGGUUGGUGUGGUCAGACACAAGCCGCGCAGUUUGAUUGCGUCAUCAACAACAGACACACGAAUGGGAAACUGGCAUGGCUGAACGGCUGGUGAGAAGUUGACACAAAGAGAAUGGCUGGCGAUACAGAGAACGAGCCUGGUGCGGUAGAGUCCAACGGUGUGUCGGAGAAAAAGGCGGACAACCCUGAUGGAGUGGCAGAGACCUUAUCCAAACGCCAGAGGAAGAAACUCGCCAAAGCACAGCAAUGGGAGGAAGAGAGAGAGCUCCGCAAGCAGAAGCGUAAGGAGCGUAAGCAGAAGAAGCGCGAGGAGCGCCAGACGCAGGGCGAGGAGGGGGCGGGGUUUGUUGCCCGGAAACGGUUCCGCAAAGAGGCGGAGCCAAGCUCCCUCAGGCUGGUGGUGGACUGUAGCUUCGACAACUUGAUGGUCAUCAAGGACGUGAGGAAGCUGCACAGGCAGAUCCAGAGGUGCUACGCUGAGAACAGACGCGCUAUUCAUCCCGUACAGUUCUACCUGACGAGCAUCGGUGGGCAGCUGAGACAGAACCUGGACGAACGAGACAAGGGCUGGGUUAACUGGAAGGAUAUCCAGGUGAAGUCGGAGCAUUUCCGGGACGUGAUUGGUCAGGAGCAGCUGGUCUAUCUGACGUCUGAUUCGCCAAAUGUCCUGAAGGAGCUGGACGAGACCAAGGCCUACGUCAUAGGAGGACUAGUGGACCACAACCACCACAAGGGCCUGACGUUUGAGCGUGCCCAGGAGUUGGGGAUCGAGCACGCUCAGCUGCCCCUGGGGGACUUUGUCAAGAUGAACAGCCGCAAAGUACUCACAGUCAACCACGUGUUUGAGAUCAUGCUGGCCUACCUUGAGAAGAGGGACUGGGGAGAAGCUUUCUUCACUGUGCUGCCACAGAGGAAGGGGGCGAUGGCUUUGGACGAGGAGGAGCUAGACAGUGACGAUGACACGCCCACUAAAGACAAGAACCAGGAAGUUGGGGACGAAGAGGAGGGGGCCAGCUCUGAUGGAGACGCUGCGUCAGCACAGCCAAUCACACCGAAGGAUGUAAACACCUUGGACCAAUCUGAUCAAAAACAGGAAAAGACAGACAAUGACGUUAGCCAAUCAAAUGAAACCCCCAAGGAACAGACUGGUGUCUCGACAAAUUGAGACGCGUUUUGUUUUGUUUUGUAUUAUUUUUCCCUUCAAGAUGAAUGCUUUUAAAGUGAUACUGAACCAUUUUGGGGAAAAAAGCUUAUUUUGCACCUGUCCUGUUCAAUAAUCGAAUUUUACCUUUCUCUAAGUUGGGUGAUGCUACUUCUAGUUACAAGCUAUCAAUUUUCAUUGAAUCUCAUGGGUCCAGCUACUUGCUAGCAGGUCCCAUAAGAUUUAAGGAUAUAUGCUAGCUUGGAGGUAAACUUUGCACUACCAGACUCAGACAACGGUUGCAAGUACAGGAGAAAACCCAAAUGGAGUUGUAAAAUAGGCUUAUUUCCAGAAAUGUUACAGAAUCACAUUGAAUGAAUUUUUAGGUUUCCUGUUAAGAUCAAAAGAAAAGUGUAUUGAGUUUAAGUUUUAGUUGAUACUUGUGUAUUUUAUUGGUUUGCAAAUUGGUAUUCAGGCUUGCUUACUUACAUUAAGUAAAACUGAUCUUGAAUACUGGAAUAUGUUUUCAUUGAAAAUGUUUGCUUGAAUAUGAUCAUUAAAUAGACAUUUUCAUUCCAAAGUAA